ACGACCGGAAGCCCCUGGCCGUUAUCGCCUGCGAGAACAUGAUCGGCGCCACAGACACCCUCGCCGGCCACAUCAAGGAUCCCAAGAACACCCCCGAGCACCGCCUCGAGGACCACCACGAGAGGGCGGCUUAUGCCAACUCUGCAAUUGACCGCAUCGUUCCCGCCCAAGACCCAAACUCGGGCUUGGACGUCACCCUGGAAAAGUUCUACGAGUGGGUCGUCGAGGCCCCCCCUUUCCAGCCGGGUGAGAAUACGGCGAGCAACGUCGAGAGGCCGUCUAUCGAGGGCAUCAAGUGGGUAGACAACCUCCUUCCUUUUAUCGAGCGCAAACUUUUCACGGUCAACACCUCCCACGCCACCGCCGCCUACUUUGGGUAUAAUAGGCAAAAGCAGACAGUCGAUGAUGCCAUGCGUGAUAAGGACAUCAGAAAUCAGGUUGCCGCUGCCAUUAGUGAGACCGCAACCUUGAUCGUCCGAAAGCACGGCAUCGCGGAGGAGGAGCAAGAAGCAUAUAAACAAAAGAUCAUGGACAGAAUCAGCAAUCCUCAUCUUGCUGACGCUGUCGAGCGUGUCGGCCGUGCCCCGCUCCGGAAACUGGGGCGUAAGGAACGCUUCAUCGGCCCAGCCGCUGAGUUGGCCGAGCUAGGCCUAGACACGACAGCGUUGCUGGAGGCGGCCGAGAUGGCUUUCCGUUUCCAGAACGUCGAAGGAGAUGACGAGAGCAAGGAGCUCGCCAAGAUCAUGGCCGAGAACGACGCCGAGGGCGUGGUCGCCAAGGUGACCGGUCUACGGAAGACGGAGAAGUUGUAUCCCAAGGUCCUAGAGAUUGUCCAGCGGGUGCAAGCCGACAGCCAAGAUUAAGCCUGUCGACGGAGCUCCUCGAUCACUUCUUCUCCUCAGCCACAAUACCUUUCUAUCUACAUUUACUCUUACUUCAGCAUCUGCAUUUCAAACGAAGUCGACGGCACGGAAGCGCUUGCUUGAUACAGGGAAACGACACGGGAUACGGGCGUUCGCGUAUGACAGGAUGAUACCGGAAAUGGGAAUUGGGGAGACGAGAACGCGCUUGAGGUCGGGAUCUAACUGGUGUCAAUUGCGACUAUAACGCGUGCCGCGUUCUCUGCUCCAAUCGAACCUUGUAUGGGACGAGGAUAGGACGAUUAGGUAGCAUUCAAUACUCGAUAGGCAAAUUGAUAGAUUCUGGGAGAGAACACCGCCUAGAGAGCAUAUGCUGUUGAGUAAUGUGCCUACCUAUAUGAGCUCGAAAAUAAAUCCACCCCAUUGUAGGUACCG